CGGUGUGAUUGACGAACGCUGUGCAAUGUGCUUGAGGAAUGCUAUGCGAUUUGGCUGGAGGACAAUGGAGGACAAUGGUGUGAAGGCGUUAGCGCAAUAUACAGCUCGGCACUCCUCGCACUUCCUGGCGAGCUGAGUUAAUUCUGAGAAGAAAUUGUAAGAUAAUGACAGGUGUGGCAUUGUGGUGUACAAGGCGUCGUAGUCUCAAGGGGUUCACAGUCAAUCCAGCAGACAAUUCCGUGGCGUCAACUCUGCGCCGGCCACCUUCAAGGCACUGAUGCAGUUUCGGCGUGUGACUAAAGCAGCUAGACUAAGUGUAGUAUUCUCACCGCCUAAGGGUUGUAGACAGAGUCCAGUGGCACCAUGUUGCAGGCGUUGUUGUUGCAGCAGAUGAUCACCUUCUCCAAUUACAGCCCUUCUGCUACUCUUUGGAAUGGAUGUCUUCUGGGGUGGUCUGCAAUAUCUGUAGGUCCUGCAAGUGGAGUGCAUUGUGCAGCAAUACUGACACCAGGUUCAUUUUUGUCGUCCUCUUCAGCCUGUCCUGCAAUCUGCGCAGGUCCUGCACGCGGAGUGCAUCGUCCAGUGAAACGAAGACCGCCGGUUUCAUUUUUAUGGACCGGUUCACACUACUCUUAUAACCAAGCAUUGCAGCCGAUGGACGCAGGGUUUGUUCACAUGCCAUACUGUCAAUUGACUAGUGAAUUCGUUAAUGCCCACACAUCCAAGUUUGUGACCUCGAGAUUGCUGACGGGCAACACGUUGAAGGUGAAGUUCGGAAGGGCUGUGAGUUGCUGUCAACUGCAGUAUUUGCUUGGGAGCAAUGCGAGGGGGAGGCAGAGGAAGAGGAGACGGAGGGUGGCGAUCAACUGCCGAUCUUCUUCAAUGAUGCAGGCAGUCAUCCAAGGAGCAGAUAUGACGAGUCGCGGUGGGGUUACCACGAUGCAGAAGCUGAGGUUGGACGGCAGUGUGGCCGAACGUCAGGUGCGCAAGGAUGGGUUGUCUUUGCACGGCAGCCUCGCUACCAGUUGCUGUGGCAAGCUGAACAUGUGUGAUCUUGAUGUUGAUGUUAAUAGAAGACAAUUUCCACUCUUUUCCUGGUUGAGGCCCUUGAGGGUAUUGCGAUCGCAGGUUUGUGGGAGAGAAGCAGCUGGCUCUCAAAUCACUCACGACCGAGCAAACCAGGAGAGAUGCUGGACAGUGCUAGUCAAUCACCAGACAACAAGUUGUGAGGUGGGGACGCAGCCUGAAGAUGGUGGUCCCGAAGCAGCUCAUCCAGACAAUGGCCAUCAUCACCACCUUGAUGAUGAUAAAAGUCGCAUGCCGUUCUACACACAGCACCUGCAUAAGCAGCAGCAACAGGAGCAGCAGCUUGGGACUGUAAUUGCCUUCAGUCAAGCAGGAAUGGAUCCCGUCACAGCAUAUGUGGAGGAGACAAGGAAUGUGGCCAUGUCAGGUAAUUGCAGGGGUCAGGAGGUAAUUGCUGGAAUAUGUCAGGGGCUUCAAAGAAGACAUGCUAUUGCCUCAUUGAUUGGUGUCGCAAUGGGAUUGGCGAGUUCGGGAACCACGAGUGCCUCCCAAACUGCGAGGUCUGAGGUUCCAAAAGUUUUCACAAAUAUUGAAGAAGCGAAAGAGGCUGGGGAGAAGAGAAGAGAAGAGAAGGACAGGGAGCUGGGACCCAUAGUUACUCUGCCAUCUGGUGUAAAGUACAGGGAGAGGAGGAAGGGCACUGGCGAAGAAAUCACUCUUGGAAGCAUCUGCUCUGUUUACUACACAAUUUAUAAACUUAACGGGUACUACGUGGACUCCUUGGGCUACGGAAAUGAGGGAAAGGACGAUGUUGGAGAGACUUUUACUUUUCAGUACGGAGCCGCAAAGUUGGCAAAGGGAGCGCGACUGGGCAUGGCUGGAAUGAAGGUAGGAGGAAAGAGAAGGAUACUGGUCGCUCCUGAUUUGGGCUGGGUCGAUGACAAUGUUCAGCCUCCCCCAACCACAUUCUCGGCACUGCGGCGCAUAUCCAAUCUCAGAAGGCAGCCGUUGAUUUUUGAAGUGGAAUUGCUCUGUAAAGCAUCCCAAUGCAUGCAGAGGUGCCGUGCAGAGGAGCGGUCCGCGAUGUCUUGGGGCGAGGAGGGAGGAGGAGGAGGAGGAGCACGGGGUGAUUCGGAAGGAAAAGGGGGGGGAGGAGAACAAGGGGAAGGGACCACUCAAUGUUCAUCACGUAUCUGAGCGGUUUUAUGCACCAGAUGCGACUGAUCGAACUUCUUGUUUCUUUCCCCCAUUCCUUGCGCAGAGACUAGGACUAUGACAGAUUGGUGGAGCAGGAGGAAAAUGAAUGGAAGGAGCGGCUGAAGGAGGAAGAGUGAUUACAAGGAUGGAGGACGACGAGCGGGAGGACGAGGACGGUGAACAGGAGAGAAUGACGAGCCGGAGGUGGAGGACGACGUGCAAGAGGGGGAGAAGCACGUGGUGGUGGAAGAGAAGCAAGAGGAGGGGAAAAACAAUGAGAUGACUAAUGAGGAGAAACUGGGCGAGGAGGUGGGGUGGAGCAAGGGAUGCCAGGGAGGAGGACGGGUGGACAAGGCGACAUGAGGAGUGAGAGGAUGUGCCAUUCGUGUGUCGUUUGAGAGAGAAGAUGAUUGUGCUUCCUAUCCCGUCUGUGACACGUGCUGGAAGCCAGGGGUCAUGAAGACGAGUGCCACGGGCUUGGCUGCGGCGGGCUGACUUGCUCUCCUAAAUGUCUUUCGUAUGGUUUGCCAUUUUUGCGACUUCGAAUCCAGCCUUGUUUACAGCAUACCUGCGAAGGGAACUCUGCAGUGUGAGGUACAGUGUGAGGUACCUCCUCCAGAGCAUAAAGAAAAGGGAAUGAAAUGUGCAUAGAAGC